AGAAUUUAUAUCAAAACGUUUAUAUUGUACAUAUAAGUUUAAGAACAAAAUAAUUCCGAAAUUUGUUGAAGAAAAUCUACAAAAUGGGCUCAUCUUCAAGCGGAAAAAAACACAAAAAGGAUAAAAAACACAAGAAACAUAAGAAGCACAAGGAAAAACAUGUGAUUACGGUCACAGAGACCGAUUCAGACAGUUCAGAUUGUAUUGAAGUUCCCGUGGCAAAUGACGGCACCAAAAGCAGAAGCAGAGAACGUGAUCGCAGUGCUCCCCCACCACCCCAGCUAUCCAAACAGUAUGAAUUUGAAGAAGAUCGUCGGAGACGUGAAUAUGAAAGGGAACGAGAAAAGGAUCGUGAGCGGGAUCGUGAUCGCGAUCGUGAACGCGAUAGAGAACGUGACCGAGAGCGAGAACGACAACGCGAUCGGGAGAGAGCGUAUGAAAAAGAUUUGGGUCGGGAAAGAGAUCGUGAUCGUUACGAAAAGGAGCAAAUAAGGAGACGGGAAAGGGAUGUUGAUGAUGGUAUGGACAGGGAAAGACGAAGGGACUACGAAAGACGCAGAGAAAGAGAACGAGAUAGAGAACGGUCCGAUAGGGACAGACGUUCUCGUCGUGUGGAAGAUAAUGAAGACAGAGAUAUUGAAAGGGCUUUGUCAGUUGAGAGCGAGCGUUCUAAAUCAGUAGAAAUUUUAAGGUCUCAAGAACGAGACCUUUCGCCAAUACCUGAAAAUGGCGCUGGUGAUUGUCUGUCGAUUGAAGAAACCAACAAGUUAAGAGCUAAGUUGGGUUUGAAACCAUUGGAAUUGGAUUCCGGGCCAUCUGCUAAGCCGACCACUUCAGCCGCUGCAGCAGCCGAAUUAAAAAUACCUGGGCAAAAAGAUCUGUCCUCAUACAAGGACGAAUGGGGAGAGUUUUUGCACAAACCAGCUGAAAACCUAAAAGAGAAGAGCGAAACGGAAAAGAUUAGGGAGAAACUGAAGCAAAGGAAAGAGAAACGGGCUUUGGAAGAACGUCUUGCCCGUAUUAAAACUCUUGGUGAAUCGGACGAUGAGGUUGACGACAUAAGUAAGUGGGUGGAACGUAACAAGCGAGCCGUGGAUGAAAAGAAGGAAGCCGAAAGAAGAGCCAAGCUCUUGGAGGAAAUGGAUCAAGAAUUUGGGGUUGAUGAUCUUGUACAAAAAGAACAGGAGGAAACUCGUCAACGUGCAUAUGAUGAGAAACAUCUUAAAGGCCUUAAAGUUGAUCAUGAUGUAAAUGAUUUCACCGAAGGAAAAUCUAUAAUCCUGACACUUAAAGAUGCCGAUGUACUGGAUGAAAAAGCUGACGACACUUUGGUUAACGUCAAUAUGAUCGAUGAUGAACGAUAUCGCAAAAAUGUGUCGGCUAAAAAACUGAAUCCUUUGUCGUAUGGUUACAAUGUUUACGAGGAACAGUAUGAUGAACUAGGAAAUCCUAUAGAAAGGGGCAUUUUGGAAAAAUACGAUGAAGAUUUAGACGGAAAUAAGAAGAAAACGAAAACGUUUGUUAUUGGAGAAAAUCUGGAAGAGGAACGCGAACACCAGCGUAAAAUUUUGGAGAUAAAAACAAAAUUGGCUGGUAAAAGGCUGGAAACCCUAGCUGACGUCGAGAUAAAAUUAGCCUCCGAUACAUUGACGGAAGCCGAAAUGGCCACCUUUAAGAAACCGAAAAAGAAAAAGAAGCUCAGACAAAAACUUAAAGCUGAUGAUUUGGUACCACUUGCUGAUGAAAAUCCAACUCAACAUUUGGGAAGUCGAUUGGGUCGACAUCGCAGUCCCAGUGACGGCGAUCCUUCUUCUGUGUCUACCGAACCUGACGUGAAAAUCGAGGAAGAGGACGAUGACAUGGAACGAAUUCUCUCCAAAGCACGUAAGCUCAAGCAGAAAGAAAGCAUUAUAAAAAAACCAUUACCUAUUGAGAUAAAAACGGAAGUUAAAGCCGAGCAAGGCGAUGAUAAUGCUAUGGACAUUGAUGGGGGUCGUGAAAACAAUAUUGUUUUGAAUGCAACCGCUGAAUUUUGUCGAACAUUGGGAGACAUACCUACUUAUGGCAUGGCUGGUAAUCGGGACGAAGACUCAAACGGCAUGAUGGACUUCGAAGUCAAUGAAACCAAUGAUGAUCGUGUACACGAAGAACCCGAAGAUGUGCUAGUGGAAAGUGGCCAUGGUACUUGGAACUCUGUUAAUCCGGAUGAAGUCAACAAACCUGCCAAUUUGGAUGCCAUUGUCAAUGAGGUUGAGGAAGUAGCCAUUUUAGACGAAGAACCCGAUGUUGGUGCCGGAGUAGCUAAUGCUCUUCGUUUAGCGCUUUCCAAAGGCUAUUUGGAGAAGGAGGAACAUAAUCGACCCAGUAACUCAAAAAUGGCUCAUUUGCAAGCAAAGAAUUAUUCAAUAGAAGAUAAAAAUAUGGGGGAGGAUGAUAAAUUUGGUAGGCGCGAUCGAUUUCAUGGUGGCCCCAUUAUGGAGUUCAAGGACAAAGAUAAUUUCAAACCAAAUGUGAAACUGGAAUACAUUGACGACAAUGGUCGCAUAUUGAAUUUGAAAGAGGCUUUCCGUUAUUUGUCUCACAAAUUCCACGGCAAGGGCCCGGGCAAGAAUAAAAUUGAGAAGCGUCUAAAAAAGAUGGAACAAGAAGGGCUAAUGAAAACGAUGAGCUCCACUGACACUCCUUUGGGAACACUUACCAUGUUACAACAGAAACAAAAGGAAACUAAGACCCCGUAUGUGGUACUAAGUGGAGGUAAACAAGUAUCUACAAAUAUUUCGGGAGGAACAAUAUCUAAAUUUAAGUAGAAUGUAAGUUGUUUAUGCAAGCCAUACGUUAUGCUCCUUAAGGAAUGAUAUAAAUAUAUGCAAACGUAUAAUGUAAGACUACUAUAAUAAGCAAAAUUUCCACAAACUGCAAUAGUCGCCUAAACAAUAGUUUAUUAAAUUACACAUUUACAUACAAUUGUAACCAACAAGGAUAAGCUUAACCAAAGUUGAAAUCAGCAACUUCUCAAAUUGUUGCUUUUUCACCACAUAACAAUUAAUGCAAUAGUCUUUCAUUUAUAUUUUAGCAAUUUAUCCCUUAUUCAUAUUAUUAUAUGUGUCUCACACAAAACUUAUACAUGCUGGUAGUAAUCGUAUUUUUCAAACAUCAUUAUCCAUCCUAAGGUAGAAAGAAAAUGAGAUCAGAUUGUCCGUAUGGUCAGAACUUCCGUUUCGAAGAAAACUAAAAUAUGGAUAAACAUAAUUUUUAAAAUAAAUUUGAGUACUGUAAAAUGAA